AUGAAGUUCCUAGCACUUGCGUUGAGCGCAACGGUCUCGACCGCUCUGGCUGCAGUGAUCCCCCAAGAACCGCUGGGGCCCUCAAUUGUCCAAAAUACCCAACAGCCCAAGUGGUUGAUCGAGUUGGCUCCAUACACCACCCGAUGGGUGACCGAGGAGGAAAAGUGGGCAUUGAAAUUAGAUGGUGUCAACUUCAUUGACAUUACUGAUGAGUUCCAGUCCGGAUCUUACGGCACGCUCCACACACAGCGCGUCGUCCGGUACCCGGGCCAGAUGCAACACACUGAAGCCGUGACUCCACUGGCCGCUGAGCUCUCCAAGAGCAACAUGAAGAAGCACCUGGAACACUUUACCUCCUUUCACACUCGCUACUAUAAGUCCCAGACUGGCAUCCAGUCUGCCGAAUGGCUGUUGGAUCAGGUCACAACCGUGGUGCACGAAUCCGGUGCCAGUAAGCACGGCGCAACCGUGGAGCGGUUCGACCACCCGUGGGGCCAAUUUAGCAUUGUCGCCCGCAUCCCGGGUCAGACCAAUAACACUGUGGUGCUGGGCGCCCACCAGGACAGCAUCAACUUGUUCCUUCCCUCUAUCCUAGCGGCGCCAGGUGCAGAUGACGAUGGAAGUGGAACUGUUACGAUCCUCGAGUCUCUCCGAACCCUGCUGCGGUCGGAGGCGAUUACUACGGGUCAGGCAGAGAACACUAUCGAGUUCCACUGGUACUCGGCCGAGGAAGGUGGCCUGCUGGGCUCCCAAGCUAUCUUCUCCAAGUACAAGAAAGAUCACCGUGAAAUCAAGGCUAUGCUACAGCAGGACAUGACUGGCUAUGUCCAGGGUACGCUGGAUGCCGGUCUGCCAGAGUCGGUGGGUGUCAUUGUUGACUACGUCGACCAAGGUCUCACCGCAUUCAUUAAGGAAGUCAUCACCACCUACUGUGAUAUCCCUUACGUCGAGACCAAGUGCGGCUAUGCCUGCUCUGACCACGCUUCGGCCAGCCGAUUCGGUUAUCCCUCAGCCUUUGUCAUUGAGUCCCAAUUCGAGAACUCUGACAAGAGAAUCCACUCCACCGAUGACUUGAUUAAGUACCUCAGCUUUGAUCACAUGUUGCAGCAUGCUAAGAUGAGUCUGGCUUUUGCAUACGAGUUGGCAUUUGCUCCUUUCUAA